UAACCUUCAAAAUUUUUAUUUGUCAUCCAUCUUAAUUUUCCAAGGUAGGGUUUUUUCUUCUCCGACGAUCACAACUCCUCUCCGCCUGCCGGCGUUCCUUGAACAGUCGAUCUCUCUCUCAAUGAAGGAGGAGGAGCUUCGUCUCUGCCAAAUCCAAGAGUGGUAUCCACUCUUCAAACCCUACUCCAUUCCCACCCUCUUCCACCCCCUUCCCGAUGAUUUCCUAUGCUACAUCCUGGGCGAAUCCGCCGCCGCCGGCGAUACUCCGCCUCCCUUCCUCCUCCCCAUUUCUUCCUCCGGCCACGACCCUCUUCCGCGAACCUCCCCCUCCUCCCUCGACCCUGUCUCCAUCCUCGACUCAGAACCCUCUUCCUUCCUCAACGAAUCCAAUUCCGAUUCCGAAUCAGAUUCCGAAAACCCUGCCCCUUCCUUCCCAAUACUUGAAUCCGCCGUCAAUCAAUCCAUCUCUUCCCUCGGCGGUGCCGUUUUCCCCAAGCUCAAUUGGAGCUCCCCUAAAGACGCAGCUUGGAUAGCCACUGACGGAUCACUUCGGUGCACCUCCUUCGCUGAAAUUGCCCUUCUUCUUCACUCCUCCGACCGCGUCGUUCACGAUCUCUGCCAUGCGGUUUCCUCCUGCUCCGAUCACCUCUCCUCCUCCUCCCCUACUUUCUCCUUCUUCCUUGCCCUCCGCAAAUUCUACCCCGCACUUCGCCCCGAGAUGGAAUUCCGCUGCUUCGUUCGGCGCCGUCACCUUUUAGGAAUCUCCCAAAGGGAAGUGACGGCGUUCUAUCCUUCGCUUCUUGAUCGGCGGCGGGAGCUGAGGCGGAUGGUUGAGGAUUUCUUUGAUGAGGUUGUGGGGCCAAGGUUUGGGCUGCAAGAUUACACCUUUGAUGUGUAUGUGACUGGGACUGGGAGAGUUAAGAUUUUGGAUUUUAAUCCUUGGGGGAUGUUUACGUUGCCAUUGUUGUUUACUUGGGAGGAGUUAGAGACGGAGGGGUUUGGAGAGGAGGAAGAAGAAGUGGUAUUUAGGUUGGUGGAUAGUCAAUGUGGAGUGAGGCCAGGUUUGAAGACUGCAGUUCCUUAUGAUUAUUUGGAUACCGGAGAAGGCAGUGGGUGGGAUGAGUUCUUGAGAAAGGCAAGUGAUGAAUUGAGAAUGCAGAUGAAGGAUUCAGAGCCUGGGAAUUAAUGCUCCUCGAAUAUGGAAAGCAUUCUGCCGUGAGUCUUGCAUCCGACAGAUUGACCACUAUAGCCAUUGGAUUUGGUUGCAUUUGAACGGCUGGAUUUUAACAAUAAUCACAUCUUAAUGAUGAUGAUGACCGGAACCAUUCAUUGUUGAUCUACUGAUACCAAUACUUGCUUGGUGCAAUUAUCUUCAAUCACAACCAUUCAUUUCACUUUGGAUAACAUCCAAAUCAUCAAUGGCUGCAAUAUGAUAAUCUUGUUUUAUGUUUUCCUUUUGUAUUAAGAAACUGAGCUUGUAAUUAAGACCAUAAUCCUAAAUAGUCAUAUUUCUAU